GAUGCGGAGAGGACAAUGGCAAGAUAUAUAGCCAAAAAUGAAGUUCCACGGAGCUCCUCUCCUCUUCACCCCUGUUCUUCUCUUGUUCAUAACAGCACUAUUUUCCUGUUCUUUUGCGCUCGAGUUCAACCGAGGUAGUUUCCCGGCGGGAUUUAUCUUUGGAGCAGCGUCCUCAGCCUACCAGGUAUCUAGAAGGAUUCUAGAAACUAGUCAGCUAAGUUUUGAAAAUAUUAUUAUGUGUUUGCAGUAUGAAGGGGCAGCAAGAGAAGGCGGAAGAGGGCCAAGCAUUUGGGACACAUUUACUCACAAACACCCAGAGAGGAUUGCCGAUGGAAGUAAUGGAGACAUAGCUAUAGACCAUUACCACCACUACAAGGAAGAUAUUAAAUUAAUGAAGAACAUUGGCUUGGAUGCGUACAGGUUCUCCAUCUCUUGGUCUCGGAUCUUUCCAAAUGGAAGCUUGAGCGGAGGAGUAAACAAAGAGGGCAUCAAUCAUUACAAUAAGUUCAUCGAUGAACUCAUAUUGAAUGGUGUCCAACCCUUUGUGACCCUCUUCCAUUUUGAUUCUCCCCAAGGCUUGGAACAGAAGUAUGGGAGCUUUUUAUCACCAAAUAUAGUGAAUGAUUUUCGUAACUAUGCGGAGAUCUGCUUUAGAGAGUUUGGUGACAGGGUGAAGCACUGGAUCACUUUCAAUGAGCCAUGGAGUUUUGCUGUUGGGGGCUAUGCCGAGGGGUUUUUGGCACCAGCAAGGUGCUCUCCUUGGGAGUCCACAAAGUGCGAUGAAGGGGACUCAGGCCGAGAGCCUUACAUUGUGGCACACAACCUGCUAAUAGCCCAUGCUUCAGCUGUCAAGCUAUACAGAAACAAGUAUAAGGCAAGACAAAAAGGAAAGAUAGGAAUUAUACUAGUCUCUAAUUGGUUUGUCCCAUAUUCUAACACCAAAUCCAAUAGGGAUGCUUCAGAAAGAGCUCUAGAUUUUAUGUUUGGAUGGUUUAUGGACCCCUUGACUACGGGUGAUUAUCCAUUUAUCAUGAGGGUUCUUGUUGGUUCUCGGCUCCCGAAAUAUACGGAAGAAGAGUCGAAACUGGUUAAAGGGUCAUAUGAUUUUAUUGGGCUUAAUUAUUACACCACAAAUUAUGUCGAUAACCUUCCAGCAUUAAAUAUGAUGAACAAGACCUACACUACAGAUAGCUGCCUUAAUAAAACAGGGAUGCGCAAUGGUAUCCAAAUUGGUCCAAGGGCUGCUUCAAGCUGGCUCUAUAUCUACCCAAGGGGUAUUAGAGAUCUCUUGCUCUACAUCAAUGCCAAAUACAACCAUCCAGUCAUCUAUAUUACAGAGAAUGGAGUUGAUGAAGUGAGCAAUGGAACAUUGUCAUUGGAGGAAGCUCUAAAGGAUGAUGCGAGAAUAGACUUUCAUCAGCGACAUCUAUAUUACAUUCAAAGAGCCAUCAGAAACGGAGCUGAUGUGAGAGGAUACUUUGCAUGGUCACUGUUGGAUAAUUUUGAAUGGAUGGAUGGUUUCACUGUUCGGUUUGGAAUUAACUAUGUAGCCUACAAUGAUGGUCUAAAAAGAUACCCCAAGAAUUCUGCUCUUUGGUUCAAGAAGUUCCUCAAAAGGUAGACGGUCGUAAUAAUUUGUACAAAUAUAAUAGAAAGAGAAGAGAAAACAGACUUCGUAGAGGAGCCAGGAUAAGGUAUUAUUGCACGAUGUUGGUCUCCUUUAUAGCUAAGGAAUCAGUUCCUGUUGAAUUGUUAUCACAAUAUACUGACACCUGAACAAACUUAAGCAUAUUUCUGUAAUGAUUACUUGAUAGCUAUUUUGUGUAUAAAAACAUAAUUAUGCGGGGAGUAUAUUUUUAUA